UUUUUCGUUUUCAACGCCUUUUCUUUCCCGGCAAAUAUUUCCUGUUUGAUCAGUCUUUUCCUCAUCUUUCUGCUCGCGAUUCCCUUUGCUUGAAUUUAUUGAUUCUUGAUCCUCUCAUGAAAGUGGAGCGUGAAGAUUAUGUUUUCUCCAGAAAUGGCAAUGAAGCUACCGGCUAACAUUUGGAUUCGACGCCAGCAGUGCCCAUGUGGAGAUUGGAAAUGCUAUAUUAGAUACGAAGGUGAAGAUCAGGCCUCAAUAAGUGCCCGGCUGGUGAAGAGUGAGACGGUACCCUCUCAAUUAUCUUCAGAAUCUGUUUUCGCUCCCUAUGUUGGUCAAAUAUUCAAAAGUGAUGAGGAUGCCUUUGAAUACUACAGCAACUUUGCUCGGAAGAACGGGUUCUCAAUUAGAAAAGCACGUUCAACAGAAAGCCAAAAUUUAGGGGUUUAUAGACGAGAUUUUGUUUGUUAUCGGUCUGGAUAUAAUCAACCAAGGAAGAAGGCCAAUGUGGAACACCCUCGGGAGCGGAAAUCUGUAAGAUGUGGCUGUGAUGCUAAAUUGUAUUUGACCAAGGAAAUUGUAGAUGGUGUUAGUCAAUGGUAUGUGUCACAGUUUAGUAAUGUUCAUAAUCAUGAGUUGUUGGAAGAUGACCAGGUGCGUCUGCUUCCAGCAUAUCGAAAAAUACAGGAGGCCGAUCAAGAACGCAUCCUAUUACUCUCCAAAGCUGGAUUUCCCGUGAACAGGAUUCUGAAGGUGUUGGAGUUAGAAAAGGGUGUACAACCUGGACAGUUGCCCUUUAUAGAGAAGGAUGUUAGGAACUUCGUUAGGACUUGUAAGAAAACUGUUGAAGAGAAUGAUGCUUUCCUGAAUGAGAAAAGAGAGAACGAAUUGCUGGAGCUUCUUGAGAUAUGCAAGGCUAUGGCCAAGAGGGAUACAGAGUUUGUUUUUGAUUAUACUAGAGAUGAAAAUGGUAAGGUUGAAAAUCUAUCAUGGGCAUAUGGUGAUCCUAUUCAUGCUUAUUCUGUGUUUGGUGAUGUAGUUUCUUUUGACAUGAGCUAUCGCUCUCUUACCUAUGGGUUACUCCUUGGAGUUUGGUUUGGCAUGAGCAAUCAUGGAAAGGCAAUUAUAUUCAGCUGCGUCUUGCUGCAGGAAGAAAACUCGCAUUCAUUUUCUUGGGCUCUACAGAAAUUUGUACAAUUUAUGAGAGGAAAGCAUCCACGGACUAUUCUAACUGAUAUAGACUCAGGGCUCAGAGAUGCCAUAUCAAGAGAACUGCCUAAUACUAAACACGUCGUAUGUAUAUGGCAUAUUCUAUCUAAACUAUCAAGUUGGUUCUUGUUGCCCCUUGGAUUGCACUAUGCAGACUUUAAAGUUCAGUUUGAUAUGUUGUGGCAUCUGGAGAAUAUAUCCGAUUUUGAGCAUCAAUGGGAUCUCUUGGUUGCACAAUUUGGUCUUGCUUCUGAUAAGCAUAUAGCUUUACUAUAUUUAUAUCGAGCAUCAUGGCCGUUUUCCUUCAUUAAAAGUUCCUUUCUGGCUCGUACACUGACAGCUGAUUUCUUUCAAUCCUUAGAAACGUUCUUGAAAAGAAUCUUGGGGGCACAGACAUGUUUGCAAGUAUUCUUUGAACAGGUCAGUAAUGCUGCUUACUCCGGAAGUCGAGCCAAAGAAGGUAUGCAGUAUUUACAUAUUAAGACAGGCAUGCCUAUAGAAGAGCAUGCACAGGGUACUCUUACACCUUAUGCCUUCAAUGCGUUGCAAAAUGAAAUUGUGCUAUCCAUGCAAUAUGUUGCUACAGAAAUGGGAAAUGGUUCAUAUCUUUUGCAACACUAUAAGAAAAUGGAUGUCGAGCGUCUUGUUAGUUGGACACAAGAUGACGAGCAAGUCCACUGUGCCUGUAAAGAAUUUGAUCAUUCAGGAAUAUUAUGCAGGCAUUCAAUCCGAGUACUUGCGGUGAAGAACUAUUUUAAACUCCCAGAUAAAUACUUCUUACUUCGUUGGCGACUACAGAACUCUUUAGGUACUAUAGACGAUGCACAUUCUCAAGGCAGAAGCGAAGCAUGCGCCCAAGCUUUUCAUUCUCUUGCUGCAACUCUCUUGACAGAGUCCUUGGUAUCCCAGGAGCGUUUUAAUUAUGUUCAUAGAGAACUCUCAGGCCUCCUUGAGCAUGUCAGAACCAUGCCAGUAGUCGAUGAGUUUUCCUUGAACACGACGACGGUUAACGAGUUUAAUGAUCCAUAGAUAAUGUGAUCUCUCCUCACCAUAUGUUUUUAUCUAAGUUUUCCAUCUCAAGAAUUCAAAGAUCUCGGGGUAUGAAAUUGAGUGCUCAUUUCAACACCACCUAUCAGAAAAACUGGGAUUCUGUAUGAAAAUCCCUGCAUCAUCCAGUGCUUCAUAAUAGUUGUAUUCUUUACAGUUAUUGUAUAAAAACAAUCGAUACGAAGAAAAGGAAAUCUUACUUUUUUUCUUUUAUAGUAAACAUGGGGAAGAAUACUGUAGAAAGUUAGCUGGAAAGUUGUCUUUCCUGAUUUACCUAUCAAUUUGCUUCUGGUUUCAGUUGCCUUUGUAUAAUUAACUUAGAAUAAUAUCUUUAAGUCUUUAUUCAUCAUUCUA